CCUUCAAUGAAAUGAUUCGUCACCCAAAGAAAGAUCUGCAACUUCACCACCACCGGACCAGUCUCUCUCUCCUCUCUCAAUCUCUCUCUCUUCUACCUCCUCGCGCGACGAAUCAAUCAAUCAUGACUGAAGAACAAGACCUCAUCGACCAAUCGCCACCACCUUCAGCACCCGACCCUGAACCAAACCCGAACCCCAAUCCGAAUUCAGUUAUCCAUCCGAGACGUGUGUCUUUCGAGCACGGGCUCCUCCCGAUCCAGAAACUCGUUUUCACCGACCCGAUCCAAACCCUAGCUCCUGUCAAGCAGAAGCUAGCCGAUGCCGCUUCUAAUAACCGCGUUGGAUCGGCUGCAAUCGCCGACGUUCUCCAGAUCUCCGGCGACCAUGCGCGUCUCGUUCUCGAGACUCUUGGUUCCGUUCUUCAUUCCGAGUCCGACCCUCUGGUUAAGGCCAAACCUGAGGAAGUUGAUUCCGUCGGAGCUGAUUUGCGGGAUCUAAUUUUGUUUCUGUACAUUCAAUCGUAUAAGAAGUUGCUUCCUAGGACGCACAAGGACUCCGCUGCUGUGGCUGAUGUGUGGCCAUCCACUUCAGCUUUUGAUGGAUACUUGUCUGCGUUAUCGCCAAUUCAGCUUGUUCGGAGCAACAGCCGUCGGUUUAUGCCAUCACAAGCUGAUGAUGAAGCUCAUCAAUUGUCAUAUCUGCAAAAACAUUUAGCAAACAUCAUUUCUCUUCUUGCAGAGCCUGUUGAGGGAGAAGGAGAUGAAUCAUUGGUUCUCUCUAUGGAGGCUUUUGAGCACCUGGGCUUUCUUGUUCAGUUUGGUGAUAAGGGAUCUGAUGUAUCUCCAUUGAGCCAAGCUACUCCUUUUUUUGCAAAUUCUGAUCCGGAUAUGCCCGCUGUUCCAGUCCCCGCAUCCCAAGUGCACGACUGGCUUCUGCAAAACAUAGCUUCCGCGUUAGAAAGCGUUACUGAGAAAAUUUCUGGAAAAGAGAACGGGCCUUCAAACGCUUCUGAUCAAGAUGAUGCGAUGUCAGAUGUUGGUGAUGCUCCGAACAAGGUUGCACCUAGUACUAGAGGCCCGUGUUUAAUCGAGGGAGUCUCCAAGGCUUCACUUGUUAAGCAGGCCUCCGAUUUAAGGGGUAGAUCUGUGAAGGUUGUCAAUUGCCACGAUUCUGUAAUUUACCUUUUAGCACCAUUGCGAUAUGCUACUGUGCAUGGAUGUUCUGAUACCACUAUAGUUCUGGGAGCUGUUGGAAAGGCACUAAAAGUUGAGCACUGUGAGAGAGUCCAUGUGAUUGCAGCUGCCAAACGAGUGUGCAUCGCCAAUUGUCGUGAAUGUGUAUUCUUCUUGGGAGUCAAUCAGCGACCACUUAUAGUUGGUGAUAACCACAAACUACAGGUUGCUCCAUAUAAUACAUUUUACUCUCAUUUGGAGGGGCACAUGAGUGAGGUGGGGGUUGAGCCAACUAUUAACAAAUGGGACAAACCGUUGGCACUGGGAGCAGUGGAUCCACAUGACUCACUGUCACAUCCUGCCGGUGUCGCUGAUGCACAGGCUGAAUCAGCUGCUUCUGUAGACCCUGACCAGUUUGUCAACUUUUUGAUCCCAAACUGGUUUAGCGGCGAGGAUAUUGGUUCGACAAAAGACAAUCCAUUUCAAUUGCCAGAUGCUUAUAUGGCAGCUCAGCAGAGAAACCUUAAGAACUUUGAAGAAACAAGACGGUCGCUAAAUGAAGCACCUCUGGAAGAAAACCGGAAACGAGAGGUAUCAAGUGCACUCCAUGUGUAUUUCAAAGACUGGCUCUACGCAUCUGGAAAUAUAAGGCAACUCUAUUGCCUACAAGGUGACUAAUAAUGAAUAUAUAGACCAAGUGGAAUAUGUCUCAUUCGUUCCUGUAGAGCUCCCUCGAUCAUAUUUGGCAUAUUGCUAGUGAAGAAUCCCUCCCAAGACAAAAAAGAAGAAGAAAAAAAGAGAAACCAGCCUGAUUUGUAGUUUGGAACCAAUACGCACCACGUAACUUAUCUGCACAGAAUACUUCCUUUAAGCUUUCCUUUAGAUUAUUAUUUUUUUUUCUGCUUUGGUCAUGUUUAAUUUUUGUUUCUUUUGACAUUUCCAAUCCCUCGUUUUUGAAAAUCUCAGCUUCAGAUAGAGCAUGAUGAUUUGAAUUGUUAUAAGUAAUAACUUGUAAGCAAAACUUUUUUUUUGAAAUACUUCGUCUUGAUAGAUUUAAGAGAACUCAA